CACACACAGACACAAACCAGCACGCCUUCUCUUAAUUUAGCCAAACCAAAUAAAAAAAGAACGAAACCAGCUUUUUUGGGGCCCCAUUAGUGUUGUUGGUGCUUGUGCUUAUAUACGAAUAAAAGGCCACGCGAUGAUAAGCUUUCUGUUCAUUGUAAAUCGCGCUCUCAGCAGCAGCACGGCGGUGAAUUUGACAGGCAAGAAGAUGACCGCCCCGGGACCACGCCCCCUCGUCCUCUGCGGCCCCUCGGGCUCCGGGAAGAGUACGCUCCUCAAAAGGCUCUUUGCCGAGUUCCCCAACACCUUUGGCUUCAGCAUAUCGCACACCACGCGGAAGCCGCGCGAAGGUGAGCAGCACGGGGUCCACUACUAUUUCGUGGAACGCCCGGAAAUGGAGGCGGCCAUCGCAGGGGACGAGUUCAUCGAAACGGCCGAGUUUACGGGCAAUCUCUAUGGAACCAGCAAGGCGGCGGUGCGGGAAAUCCAGGCCCAAGGACGCGUCUGCAUCCUGGACAUCGAGCAAAAGGGAGUGGAGCAGAUACGCCGAACGGAUCUGAACCCCAUACUCAUCUUUAAUAAUCCCCCGAGUAUCAAGGAACUGGAACGACGACUGCGUCUGCGUGGCUCUGAAACGGAGGAGUCGCUCAGCAAACGGCUGAAUGCCGCCCAGGUGGAACUGGAUUACGGAUUAACACCUGGUAAUUUCCAUAAGAUCAUCAACAACGUGGACAUCGAUGUGGCCUACGAGGAGUUCCGCAACUUUGUCGUCCAGGAACUCCAGGAGCAGGAGAGCCAGGGAGUGUCUAUUAACCUGAAGUAGGGCUAGAAGAAUCUUCCAGCGAAGGUGCAAUGAUAUUAACCUCAGUAGGGUGGGGCUACAUAUGUUUUUUUUAAAGGUUCUUGGGUAAAGAGAUAGUAAUCUAUGUUAUUUUCAUUGAAACUAUUGUAUUCAUAGGUCUUGUAUACCAUUUAAACACUCUGACUAAUAGGAAAACCAGGUAUUUUUCAUAUAUUGUUUAAAGUCAAUUAAUUAAUUGUGUUCAUUUAUUUUUAAUCAAUUACUUUUUGUGAAAAAAGAUGGAUAUUAUCUUAGGAGAUAUGUAUUUUUUAAUUUAUAUAAUUUAGAAACUGACUAUUUAUGUUUUCCAUGCCAAAGCUGCUUAAUAUAGAGAUAGCUAUUUAUAAAUAAUUUUGUUUUAUAAGUUUUUAAAAGAGUAAAAAAUAUUUUCAUUAACAUUUCUAUAAAAGACCGCCAAAACUAUCCCAAUUACAGAAGCAAACUUGACCUAUAGUUUCCAAUGAAAGUGCGCCAUAGAUUACUUUCCGUGCCCCAGAUCCAUGAGCCGCCCACCCUAAAAAACCACGUUGACUAAUGGCAUUUAUACUUAAGGAAUGGCUUGUAUUUAUUAUUCUCCUCCUCUCUCCACCUCACUGUUGUGCAAAUUCGUUGUUGUAGUUGUAAUUUUAAGCUGAAAGUUGUUGCGCCGCUUCACGGUCGAGAAGACCGGGGAAGGCGAUUAAAACGGAAUCAAUAAAGCAAACAGAUGCGGGUAUAUUGUA